CAUCGAAGGAGUAAAUCAGAGGUGUGAACUCUGGGGGCUUCAGAGCUAACACAAGCAGCAAGAGUUCAUGGGAAUUAACAAGAGUUAACAGUUAGCAGGAUUCCAGGCCAAGGGAGUUCACACCUUCUCAUGGAGGCCCUAAAGAGGUGGGGCUACCUCCUAUAAAAGGAGAGCCUCCUUCAGCUUAGUACUUCCUUGAGGGGAACUGAAGUCUCUUCAUCUCAGUUGCUACAGAAAGGAACCAAUUGGAGAGAGAAGAAUGGCUGAUGCUAUGGAAACGCUGCAGGGAGCACAGGGGGAAACAUCCUGUAGCAUCUGCAGGAGCUAUUUCUCUGAGCCAGUCACCAUCAGUUGUGGGCAUAGCUUUUGCAGAGCAUGUCUCUCCUCCACCUGGAGAGUUGAAGCUAGAGCUAUCUCUUGUCCUGAAUGCAGGAAAGUGUCCCAGGUCAGAGAAUUGCCAGCAGUCAAUGAACGCCUAGUACACCUGACAGAGCUGGGCAAACAGCUCCAUUCCCAGCUUUUGCAGAGCAGUCAAGGACAGAGCGAGUGUGCUAGGCACAAGGAAACCUUCAAGUUCUUUUGUGAAGAUGACCAGACACCACUCUGUGUGAGAUGUUCCCAAAGCCCAGAGCACCAGACUCACAGGCUCUCCCCUAUAGAAGAGGCUACUCACAAUUUCAUAGAGAACCUUCAGCACAUUUGGAACCACUGGGGGAAGUGCUUUGAGAAAGCUGAGAAAAAUAUUGCUCGAAAGAAAUACGGUGUUGAGUGGCAGUGGAUGAUCGCAGAAGAAUUUAAGAAAGUGUACUGCUUCCUGUUGGAGGAAGAAUUACUAUGUCUUGAAGGCAUAAGGCAAGAACAAAGGGCAAACCAGGACAGAAUAUCCCAGCACAUGCGAAUCCUUCAGGACCUCAUGCUAGAGCUGCAGGAAGCUGGUAAAGAACCCAAUUUGGAACUACUACAGGAUGUCAAGCAGUUGCUGGGAAGGAGUGAGUCAGUGUUGUCUCAAUGGUCCAAGGCUGUCAUCCCAGAGCUGAGAGAAUAUCCCAUCCCUGGCAUGAUAGAGAUGCUCAGUCGAUUCAGAGUGGACCUCACAAUGGAUCCAGUAAGAGCAAGUCCUUGUGUAGCUGUUUCUGAGGAUCUGAAGGGUGUGAAUGCUGGAGAAGCCUGGCAGGUAGAGACCAACGAUCCUGAAUACUCUGCUUGCUAUGCUGUCCUUGCUAAGCAGGCCUUCAGCUCAGGCAGACAGUACUGGGAGGUGGAUGUGACUCAAGUACCUCAGUGGAUGCUGGGAAUCUAUACCCCUUAUUUGAGGCGAAAAAGGUGGAGGAAUGUGGACUCCUGUGCCUCUCUGUUCCUGCUUCAAUGUGUCAAGAAAGAAGAGGUUUACUGUUUCAAAACCCAUCCCGGACCAUUGAAACAUCGAAUGAAAGGGCCGGUGCCAAGAGUCGGGGUGUACCUGGAAUAUUCUUCUGGUACCCUUGCCUUUUUCAACGUUCUCCAGAGCUCCCUCAUUUAUCAAUUCCACUCCAUUCCCUUCGCAGCACCUGUUAUACCCAUCUUCUCUCCUGGCCCUCCACUUCCAGGAACAAAGGCUGGUCCCAUGACUCUCUGUCCAGUGGACUCUCAUCUUUGUGUUUGCUGCUCUUCACCUCUCUGAACAUUUCUUCAGGAAGAAUUGUGAACCUACCACCAUGCUCCCUGACUGUGGCCCUUUGAUUUCCAGCCUACCCCUGCGAAAGGAUGAUCAUCACCUUCUUCAUGAUGGAUAGGCUUCCUGCUCAGCAACUGGACACUUGCCUUCCAGACUGCAAGCUGAAGGGCAUCAUUCCUAUAUGUUUUAUAUGCUCUUUUCCUCCCUGGAU